AUGGCUGAUGAGCGGGAAGCGGCUAAAGCGUUACAAGCCGUAACGGAUGCGCCAUCAAAGGAUGAAAAAGAAAAACAGAUGGAGGAAACCGGAAAAGCGAUUCGGCAAGCUGCAACAGAUGGCAAAACCAAAGGUGCGAAAAGGAGAUCAACAACGUCUUUGACAGACUACCUCGCCGAAAAACUAGGCCAGGAUGCAGAGAUUAAAAAUGAGGAAACUAAGUUAAAGAAGGAGGAAUUGGAACUAAAGAAGGAGGAGCUGAAAUUGCAAGCAGCCAAGUUCGAAAUGGAACGAAAGGAACGGGAGCAAAGAUUGGAAAUGGAGAAAGAAGAAAAACAAGUAUAUAUGCAGAUGAUGCGUGACUGCCUGGCGAAAAAGUGA